UCUCGAGCAAUAUGUGGAGACAGCUGGGCAGCAGGAGGGGGAGACAAGACAUUUGCUUUCAUUUUCUGCACUUCAUUGGCAAUGCAUAAAUAGUUUAUUGAAAGUAUUUAAAUACACACUAAACAAUAAUUAAAAUUAAAAGCCAUUCUUGGGUUCAGAAUUUUUUCCACUUGAGCAAACUGCACACUGUACGUUGGUUGCAUUCAUUUACUGGUUUUAGCGUGGAUUUGAUACGGGACAAGUUAUGUGACAGGCGUCUUUUUUAAAAAUCGGACCGAGUUUCUGGAAUAUAUUUCAACCACUUAUAUGAUGGAUAAUGAUUCUACCACGUUAUGUAAUUCUUUGCGUAGUGGGGGUAAUGGGUCGUCAAGUGCUCGCUGUGACAUUAAAAUGUAAAAUGGCCGGAAACGUGACGAUCAAUUUUUCAGUUUUCUGUGAUUAAGCAAACAUUAUACUGUGGUCAGCCUUGAAUACGUAUUAUCAUGACGACGUUUAUACGAGUCAGACUUCAAGAAUUCUGCAAACGCACUCGAAUUUGAGUUUUCUUUGUACAAUUUGUACAAGUAUAGUUUUUUUCGUAUUUACUCGUGGGCAUUCUUCAGUCACGUUGCCUGGGUUUGUACCAAAAAGAUGAGUUUACUGAAUGAUCUGUUCACAUACCGGACUCUUGUGCAUGCCGUUGCAGGGGCAGCCGGCAGUGUUGUUGCAAUGACCACAUUCUUCCCACUGGACACUGUGAGGUCACGAUUACAAUUGGAAGAAAGCAGAGAAGCAAAGAACACAUUCAGUAUACUUGUUGACCUGGCAAAAGAAGAGGGAUUCACCACAUUGUACCGGGGUAUGGUACCUGUGCUGGAAAGUCUCUGUGCUUCCAACUUUGUGUACUUUUACACAUUUCAUGGACUCAAGGCACUCGGGGCAACAUCGGCUCAUCAGAAUGCUAGAAGGGACCUUCUCUUGGCAUCAUUGGCUGGUGUCGUGAAUGUGUUGACAACCACACCUCUCUGGGUUGUGAAUACACGCCUGAAGAUGAAAGGACUUGGCUCCAGAACUGGUCGUGGAUCAACAGAGCAUGUGGCAGAUCAGUAUAGUGGCCUGUUGGAUGGCCUUAAGAAGAUGGGGCAGCAAGAGGGUGUAGCCAGCCUGUGGAAUGGUACAUUGCCAUCUCUCAUGCUGGUGUCAAAUCCAGCUAUACAGUUCAUGACCUAUGAAGCAAUUAAAAGAAGGUUACAGGCCCUGCAUGGUGACCAGACUCUGUCUGCGCUGAUUUAUUUCUUUGUGGGAGCAGUGGCUAAAGCUGUAGCCACCAUAAUAACCUAUCCUCUGCAGCUAGUCCAAACCAAACUAAGGCAUGGACACAACUAUCAGGAUCUUCCUCAGAAUGCUGGCACAAUUAAACUGACAGUCUACAUUCUCAAGAAGUAUGGUAUUAUCGGCUUGUACAAAGGAAUGGAAGCUAAACUCUUGCAAACUAUCCUGACAGCAGCAUUGAUGUUUGCAGCAUAUGAGAAGAUAGCAAACUUUGUAUUCAAAGUCUUGCUGAAUCACCAAAAAGUAUCUUAAAAACUAAAAAAAAUUUGUGUGAAUUUUGUGUAAUUAGUGGAGUAUUGUAAUCAAACCAGACCUAGAAAAACAGGCUUUCAGUAUAUCUUUCCUGAAAUAUAUAUAAUGUUUAUACUCUAUGAGUUGUGACAGAUAAAAUGAAUUUGUGUGUAUGAUGGAAGCAACAAUAUACAUUAUAUAUACUUCUGUAAAAACUCUCAACAGAAUUCUUGAUUAUUUCCUUGUAUACUUUCAUGCUUUCUUAGAAAAUUGUCAUUACUAUUACUAUUACCAGGUUCCAUCUUCAGACACAUUUGACGUUUGUGUGGAUGGUCAGUGUACAAAAUGCAAGUGCAUUUAUACUGAUUCAGUCUUUCUCAUUAUGUUAGGCAAAGGCUAUUACAUUGCUUUAAAAUUAGUUCAGUUUUCAGUAUGCAUCAGUUUUCAUUAUACUGAACAUCAUAGUACAGUUUAUAGUGCUCCUUCACUUGCCUAAUAUCAGAAAAAACACUUUUUAAUAUCAUCACUGUUUGGCAGUACCUAUUACUACAAGCAUCUGUUUGGAGAAAUAAAGGUUAUGUCGAGAGCUAGGAUGCAUGUUACUGAUGGACACUUGGAGGGAUGUCCUACGGUUAUGUUCAUUCCACUUAUUCACAUUGGACCAUCUAAAUGUAUAAUUGUAUCGUGAAGGUGUAUACUUAAAAACCAUUGUUUCAGCUUAUAUUAGCCAUCAUCAGGGGUUAACACAUUCUGUAACUACAGUACGUAACAGCUCCUACUAUGGUUGCCUGAUGAGUACAAGAUUAACAGUACACAUAUUAAAGUAAUGAAAUAACCAAAAUAAAAGUUCAUUUCAUGUUUAUAAUAAAAUAGUUGUGGUGAUAUGUCAUUAAAAUGUAGUAUGAAAAUCCAUAUUUUGAGUUAUAUGUAAAUUAAUACAUUGUGUAUUGGCUAUGGCCAAAUUAAAAUUCUUGAGAAGUCUUAUUAUGAUAUUUAAUAUAUAAUAUGAAUAAUGGGCGUAGAAUAUUGUUUUAAUUUACCUGUAGCUUGGACACGAAAUGGAGAAGGAUGUGUGUCUCCUUGUGGUUGGGCACUUGCUGUCUCGAUAUAAAUGUUUACUGUUAUGCUGUAGUCUGAUGUUAUAAGUAUGUCUUACUACUUCCUUGAAGAUGUCAAUAAAUUGCAUUCAUCAUAUUUUUGUUAAGAAACUGUCUAUCCCUUUUUGUAAUAAAUAUGUCAGCUUUCUUUGAUAUUCAACUUGCAAACUUUUGUUAGCAAAGUCAGUGUUUGUCAUAGUUUCAUGUUGGUGUCUAUGAGUGUCUUAGUUAUAUAGGUUGCAUAUUUGGAAUUUUGUGUAUUUUUGAUAUAAUAUGUUCUUUGUAUCCACCUAUAGAGUUACCAUCUGUUUGUCCAAUGUAUACUUUGUUGCAGUCAAGACAUUUUAAUUCAUAUAUUCAUGUACCAUUUUUGGGGAUUGCAAAUUUAUGUUGUAGUAAUUUGUUAAUGAUGUUAUUUGAUGUGAAUGUUGUUUUAAUGUUAGUGCCUUUGAAUCUUGUGACAUAUUUGUCUUUAUAUAUAAAUGUAAUUGAUAUCUU